GAACAAUAACAGAUCAUUUGAACUUGCUUCAGAGUCCAUGUACUGGCUAGUGCUUGUAACAAAUCAAUUCAAUUUUGCAGAGAUUCGAGCCAUGGCAGACGAACAGUCUAUGGUUGCAGAGGAUGUUAUUAUGCAGGUCCCUCAUAUUCAAUUCUUCAAGACGAUAAUAAACGCGUGCAAAGAAAAUCGGGAGCUAUUGCCAAGCCUACCAGAAGCGAUCGAAUGUCUUCUUGAGAGCGGUUCAGCAAAGUUAAUUCAGGUUUAUCAAUUUGAAGAAUACAGGUACGAAGGACUUUCUAUAUUAUAUGUCCCUGCUUUUGUUUGUAAUGUUUUGCACCAGUAUGUCCUUAAAGGAGAUCAUGAACGGGGGGGAAGCAGGGGAGAGAAUGAUGUUUAAAAUGCCGAUUAAUCGCUUUAGGGGAAACUGUAGUGGAAUGAAAUGUAAUAUGACAGUCCUGUGAUUUUGAGUUAUUAGCUUUCUGCGUUCUAGAAUUAUAUUCUACUGUUGUAUUGCAUAAGACUUUCCUUUAUUGCGUGACAUAAAUCCCUCGCCAUUGUAAUAUGCAGCAUCGGAAAAAAUAACCCAAUUUGUUAUUUAUUUAUUUAUUUAUUUAUUUAUUGCGGGUAACAAGAGGAUCCCGCAAUCCUAAUCUCCAGGUUGUUAUUACGCAUGCGUCGCAUGUAUGUAGCCGGCCAGCAUUUCACUGGCGAAAAAUGUCUGACUGAUCGUUACCAGACCACGUGACCUAGAGUAAAUUCAAAAUGGCGGCAAAGUUGUCCCUCUUGUGUUUAUUUCAGGAGAAAUGAGUAAAACUGGAGCCCUUCUACGCGGCAUUUGUUUGAAUAGUCUGGACUUUUUACUAUUCUCCUUUUCCUCCUGUUCCUGUGAGAUUCAUUGACCGCAAUUUUCUGCGUCUUGGUUUACCGGAUGCGACUUUCAUCUCAGUUAAAUACGCGCAAUGUUUCUGAAAAAAAAUGUCGAAGCAAAUUGCCGUUUUUAACGGCUUAAUUCCUGCAGAAAAACACUAGAUGCCUUGACGUCAUUACACGGAAAGGCAAUUUUAUUACCGAAUAAAGGAAGAAAAUGUUAUCCUAGCGAAACGGACUGGCAAGACAUGAAGGUUCCCCAGGGGCGCACUUCAUGAUAUACAUACACUGUAUAAACACUAUUGAACGCUUCAAAGUAUUGCACUGGUUCAUUACUUGAUAAUCCGACCGGUCCAUAGCAUAGCACCUCAUAGCAGACCAAAUGGCAGGCAAGCUGUAGAACACAAAUGUGUCGAUUAACAACUGCCGCUUCCGUGCAACUCGGUACACGCUUAUUCAUAUACCAAAACAAAGCCCAAUAAUUUUUCUUCCACUGCUGUAUAAUUUCUUGUUGUACCGAGUUGCACGAGACUUGCACUGAACAUAAAAGGAGAAAAUUACCCACCUUUUUAGCAUGUCCUCUCCUCGCAUCCAGUGAUCGCAACGCCAAGCUCGGUUAAAUGGAUCGAGCCAGUGUGUUUGUCUGACAGUUACAGGAUGUAUUAUCUUCUACUCGACACAUAUCACCAAAAAAUUCGACCAAAAUAAUUUUCAAUCUCUCACAUUGGCAGCAAAACCACAGCACUACCACUGACAAAAAAGCUGCCAUUUCUUCUUACAUCUUGACAACAAUUCGCGGGGAUUUUACCUCCUAGCCAAUGACUUUGCCGGAAAUCGACCAGGUGAUAUUUGUCCCGGUGCAUGCGUAAACAUUUUUCGCCAGCGAAAGGCCAGCAUUCGUUUUGGACUUCCACUAAGAAUGAAUGGAAUGCACAGAACACAAUUUGAUCACGCGCGUUUGGACUUUCUAUCACUCGCAAUCUGAUCACGCGUGUUUUGACUACCUGUCACGUGAAACUUACGCAAACCACACAGCGAUGGAGCAAAAGCGUAUUGACCUUCGAUCGUUUUCGCCCGCACUCCGUAUUAACCUUUGGUUAUUACUAGUUAUUUAUUUAUUUAUUUAUUUAUUCAUUUAUUCAAUGUCCAUCUGUCAAUAUGUGAGCGCGGCAGUUCCACCGUUCAAUUCAAUGUUCAAUUAUCUUUUAAUGUCUAUCUUCGUUUUUCGUUCUAUCUCUCGCUUGUAGUAGCAAAUAUCUUUUAGUAUCCGUAUAUUAUGUUUUGGUAGUAAAAUCAGAAAAUUGCGACCCUUUUUAAACAACGGUUAACAGGAUGUAAAGUAUAGCUCCUGCUUUGUCAUUUUGGUUUACCUGGACUUUCACUUCCCUUGUGUAAGCUUAGUAGACAUAGAAAAAAGGGAAAAAAAUCAAUCAUUUCAUCUCUUCUUCCCAGCAGCUAUAUUCUGUGAAAAUGCUCAGCCCCUGAUUUUACGCUGCCUUUAGAAUAAUUAUAAAAAAAGACCUUGCUUGCUGUUAUUUUAAGGGGCGGGGGGCGCGGGGGGCCGGGGGAGGAAAGGGCUUUUUAACGGCAAUUAUAAAACGAAAAACAUUCAGGUACUAAAGACAUCAUAAAAGACCGUCUUCUCUUCCUUUAAAGGAGGGCAAAGGAAGAGGAAAUAAUGGCCAAGGAUAAGAGACUUGAAGAACUGACUGAGUAUGUGAAGGGCAUAGAGGAAAAGUAAGUACAUUUAAGAUUGCCUUAUCAAAUAACCAAAUAAUCGCAAACCACAAAAAAAAAGUCGAUCACCAACUACAUUAGCAACAUUGACCUUCUAGAUAUCACAGUUAAACUGAAUUAACAAAAUAGCCUCGGUUUGAGCACGAAAACAGUAGCAGACAUGAUAAUCUUUGAUGAUGCUUAAGUUCGUCCAUGGGCAAGCUUUUAAACUAAUUAUAAAACGGAGUUAUUUAUUUAUUUAUUUAUUUGCAGGAUAGUUAACAAUUAUUUCGGCCUCAUGGGCUAUUGACUCAGAACCCAUUCAGGCUCGAGAAAUAAUUGUCUUAGUACAAUCCAACUAGUUGGUCAAAUUACAAAUAUCGAGGCAAAACAACUUUAGCUAGCAAAACACAUUUCAGCCGCUAUUGUUUUGGUUUUCAAAGCUGGCGCUUUUCGCCACCAGUGGGCGAUAACAUAUAGCCUAGUAGUAGUUCAACCAAUCAGAACGCAGCAUUGAUAAUAGACCACUAGUUGGAUUUUACUAAAUAAUCACACCAUCAGCUUCUGGUUCGAUGGCAUAAUGUUAUCAAACGAAAGGUUAAAAAAAAGUAAUCGUUAUUUAUUCUUCGUUUAAACAUAGUCACGAAAGCCUUAUUUUAUAGCAAUUGUAGAUCUCAGGCCACUUAAGGCAUGAUUACCUAAUUAAAUAUGCAUAUUUUGUUAAAAUAAUGCUAUUUAGAGCGGCUUGCUUCCAUCAGUGAUCCUGACAAGGGAACUACAAAUGUGGCUCAACGAAACGUGAAACGUGAUUUCAAAUAACACGUGACAUUGCUAUGUCAAUGACGUCACAAAACACGUUUUCCUAAACGGGGAAAAGUUGCAAGCCUUAAUCUUAGGAAUUUUCACUAGCAAAUUGUUACAUAAACAGUGCCAAUCAUAAAUCUGCGUUGUAUGAUUAGAAAUGUUAUUUAUCCUAUUAGCUAUUUAACUAAUAAAUGAGUCACGUGACCCUUUUCCCUUUAUUUACCGAUUUCUAUGUAACAUAAACACACAUACAAGGCGAAUUUUUCCGGACCCUUUUAAAUAAGCCUCUGAAAUGCACCUAAAAGAACUUGUUUCUCUUUCAUUCUCCUUUCCUCAUUUUAGAGUAAAUAUUUUGACAGUUAAAUCUCAAUUAUCAGUCUCAUGACGAGAAUGUGAGCUUCUAAAAUGUCUUAUAUUGCUAAGGCUAUUAAGCUACAUUUGUGGUAGUUUAAUUUUCAGGAUCAUUGAUAGAAGCAAACCUUUUUAAAUAGUAUUUUAUCAAACUAUGCAUAUUUAAUUAGAUAGUCAUGCCUUAAGUGGCCUGAGAUUAAGUAUGAACACCAAACUGCGCGUGAAUUACUUAUAAUUAUGUAAAGCAUACCGUUAACAGCUAAUGUAAUUAGUUCAUCAAGUUUCCUUGAACUUUUUCAGUUAUCGGGAAAGGGAACGUGAACUGCUAGAAGUGGAAAGAGGUUUCGCCAAAAGAGAAGAAGAUAUGGCUAGAAAGGAAAAAGAAAUGAAUAAAACAGCAAAGCAACUCGAGGAAAGGUCAGCUUCUUUCUUUAUUACUGCUUUGUUUAAGAAAAGUACGAAGGUUUCAGGAACAAAUUUUACUUUUGAGCAUAAAACAACCGAACCUGGUCAUAAAAUACCAAAUCGGAAGAAACAGUCGGUAGGACACGUCGAGUUUUAGCAUUGUUGAUGAAAACCUUUCGUCCCAGAAGCGCCCGUAAUCUGCGGGUCCAUCUUGCUUGCUUACUUACUCGCUCACUCACUCACUCCCUAAAGCCUAUCCAUCAAGGCACAUCCAACACCAAACUGAACAUAAAAUCAAUUAAAGUAAAUUUAUCCAAAUUUGACGUAGUUUGUCUAGAAGAGACUUGGGCAAAAGAUGACUCCUUAGCUUUUGAAGGCUACACAGAAUAUUCAAUAGUCAGGAGUUGCAAAAGCAAGCGAGGAAAAGGAAGGGUGUCAGUCUUGAUUAAAAAUAUUGUAAUCUCGUGACACAUAUUAAUAGUAGCUCUCCUAAUAUAAUUUGGCGCCGUUUACACAAAUCGUUACUUGGCCUUGAGUCAGACAUCUAUCUGGCGACAGUUUACUCACCGCCUUUACAAUCACAGAAAAAAAGCAGGAGAAGAUAUUAUUAGUAACUUAGACAAGGAAAUCCAAAAGUACUCUGCACAAGGUAAAGUUAUUCUGCUUGGCGAUUUUAAUGCUUGAACGGGGACGUUAAACGACUUCAUUGAAAAUGAUACACACGGCCUUGUGCUACCUAAUGACAUCUGUCAUCUUGAUGAACACUUUCCUUAACGAAAUAAUGCAGAUUAUACCUUAAACAAAGUAGGAGGAGACAUUUUACAGCUAUGCAUGGGAAAUAGGUUACGAUUUUUGAAUGGUAGGCUAACAGGUAAUCUUGAUGGGAAGCUAACCUCCUAUCAGAGAACAGAACUCCUUAAGUCAUUAUUCAGAUUUCAAGUGCAGACCCGAACCCCAUAUUCCCAUCAUUGUCCAAUUAGUGUUAAAAUACCAUUUUCCAAAGCUGGCUCAAUGAGUGACAAAUCUAAUGAAAAGCCCGGAAGACAGACUAAAGAGACUCCCAUAGUGCUAAACAUGUACACUCUUAAAACAUUCCUGUAGAAUACAGGAUCCAAAGAAAAGUUUAUGAGUGCACUAUCAACUACAGACAUUCAAGGCCAAUUCGAAUCUUUCAACGCUAAAGAUUAUCCUUCGAUAGAUGACGAAAUUUCCCAUUUCAACAAACUAAUGAUGCACACAGCUAGAAUAAGCCUGGGACCGUCAAAGAAAAAAAUGGAAAAACACCAAAAAAAGCAAACCGUGGUAUGACAAUACAUGUAGACAGUUAAAGAAACAAUUACAACACCUUGCAAAGAAAAUGACUCCUACAACUCAUAGAUCUUUGCAAAAGGAAUAUUUUGCCUUUAAAAAGAAAUAUAAAAAACAGGUCUUUUGAUGCAUAUGAAAUACAAAAAUGAUCUUAUUAACGAGAUAAAUGGAUUAAGCUGGGAACGUAGUCAAGAUUUAACAAACAAAAGAAAGCACGGUCGAGGAAGAAACCCUCAUAUCUACAGAAGCAUGGAUACAACAUUUUCGACAAUUACUUUAUGAUAACAAUGAAACAAAUGAAAAUACAAAUUUUGCAAAUGACGCGGACGAAACAGAAAAUUUGUCAGAUUACUCUCGAACAUUGAUUCUUCAGCGGUCGAGACAAGGAAUAAACUUUUCGAUGCCCUUGUUAAACCUGUACUACUUUACGGUUGUGAAAUAUGGGGACCAGAACUACUAUCUUAUAAGACACAUUUUGAUAAAAGUACAGUUGAGCAAGUUCACAUUAAAUUCUGUAAACAAACAUUAAAUUCCCCAUGGUACACAGAAAACAAAGCCAGUAGAGCAGAACUUGGCCGAUACCCUUUAUCUAUAGACAAAAAGGCUUCCCUUUUAUGUUACUGGCAAAGAUUAGAACAAAAAUCAGACAACCCUCUCGUAAACGAAGCUUUUAUUUACGCAAGAACUCAGAGUAAGUUUUAUGGUUUAUUAAAUAGCGACAAUUACAAAUGCAUUACAAAAAUGAGGUAAUAAAAAAUCAGCAAUGUGUUAAGAACACUCGUUCUAGCAUUAAACAACAGUUGCAGAAAAACUUUUCUCAAGAUUGGUUAAAAGCUCAAAACGACAUUUGGGAUAGCUCUAGACAAAAAUAUGCAAACAAGGAAAUUAAAAAAAGAUUAUCGCUUAGAAGAAUACCUAAAGAUAGUUUGAGAUCCAGCUCACAAAAUCAGUAUGACUAAACUUCGAUUGGGAGUUCAUACUUUACGUAUACAAACAGGAAAAUAUGAAAAUAAAGGAGCUUCUAUACCAGUAGAGGAAAGGCUUUGUUUAGUUUGCCAAAAAAAAAAAAACUGGAUAGAAGACGAGAAACACUUCUUAAUUGAUUGUACUGAAUACGAUAGUCUUGGACAGAAACUUUAUUUUCAUUUUUCUGAAAAUGAUGCAAACUUUAUCAAUUUAACAGAUCAUGAUAGAACCUUAUAUUUACUCAGAUUAGAAAAUGACAGUACUUCACAAUUUAUAGCCAAAUAGGCCCAUCUAAAGUUUCAAAAACGAAAACAGAUCCUGAGUCAAAAAUCUAAUUGAUUAGUUACUUGAAUUAUACUACAAUUAUUAUCGGAAUGGUAUAUGCCGUAUAAUUUUUUUUUUUCGGUCAUAUUCUAUAUAAUUUGUUGUAGUUAUGAAAACCUUUGUUGUAACUAGACCAAUGCCUCCCUUUGGAGAGUAAGGCGCAAUAAAGAUAUACUAUACUCUACUCUACUCUACUCUACUCUACCCUACCCUACCCUACCCUACCCUACCCUACCCUACCCUACCCUACCCUACUCUACUCUACUCUACUCUACUCUACUCUACUCUACUCUACUCUACUCUACUCUACUCUAUUCUACUCUACUCUACUCUACUCUACUCUACUCUACUCUACUCUACUCUACUCUACUCUACUCUACUCUACUCUACUCUACUCUACUAUACCAUACCAUACCAUACCAUACCAUACCAUACCAUACCAUACCAUACCAUACCAUACCAUACCAUACCAUACCAUACCAUACCAUACCAUACCAUACUAUACUAUUUAACAAUUAUUUAACAAUUAUUCCACGAGGGCGCGUUGGAUAUGAGAUGAUAGGUAGCCAGCGAGGUGCGUAGCGCCGAGUUGGCUAUAAUCAUCUCAUAUCCAACAAGCGCGAGUGGAAUAAUUGUCUUAUUAAAAACGCCCACAAAAUACUAGAGCAAACCGGAAAAGACAAGGGACUUCCGCUAUUCACAUGUCACACGUCUAUCAAAACUGUCAACGCGCGAACGGACUCGCCUGGACUGCAUGAAUGAAAAUCAAAACAUUGCAGCGAUGAACAUUAGUUCUUUCAAAACUCAUCGGGAUUCUAGGAUUUUACACAGCAGAACAGCUAAAAAAACCUGGCAGAUAAUGUGAAAGAAAAGAAUUUUUAAGUGACAGCCGUCGAAAUUACUGUGAAUUUGGAUUUUCGGUGCAGUUAUAAAAGUAAGAACAAAGGAGAAAAAAUAUUACCUCGGUCGCUUGUUAUGAAGUUGUUUGAAGCCACAAGCUGGUUUUGCUGAACGAAAAAAGAAGCUAUACUGCCGCCUCGAUUGCUCUAGUGAAUGGCUGCAUAGCCUGUAUUUGUAGCUGGUUACUUGUGAUUUAUAUUAUUGAUGUCGGAUAAACAAGCCGCAGUUAUCUAUCGGCGAGUGACUCGAUCGGCGAAUGGCUUCGCGAUCAUGAACAACACUUGUCUUCUUUCGUAGCUGGUCAAGGUACUUUUUGUUCCAUGUGUUUUCAUGUGUUUUUCGACAAACUUUCAAACAAGCUCUUGUGGCUUUUUUGUUUGUUUUUGUCUUUUUUCUUUCGACGAAAUUGCAUUUCUAGUAUUCUAAGAAAUGAAUUAAAACGAUUUGCUUCGGGCGCCGUUCUAUCCUUCGCGAAAAAAAAAAUCUCAGCUAGCUUCCAAUUUUAAACUGACGCGUACACCGACCAUAUAUGGAGUGCAUGGUAUAUUAGCUCAUAUACCAUAACGGCUAAGCCAAUCAAAAUGCUAGAAUUGCAUUAUCCAAUGAUUCAGUUUUUCAUAAACUAUACUAUACUUACUAUAUUAUACUAUACUAUACUAUACUAUACUAUACUAUACUAUACUAUACUAUACUAUACUAUACUAUACUAUACUAUACUAUACUAUACUAUACUAUACUAUACUAUACUAUACUAUACUAUACUAUACUAUACUAUACUCACUCACUCACUCACUCCCUUUAUUUACCGAUUCCUAUGUAACAUAAACACACAUACAAGGCGAAAUUUUCAGAACCUUUGAUAUAAGCCUCUGAAAUACACCGAAAAGAACUUGUUUUUCUUUCAUUCUCCUUUCCCCAUUUUAGAGUAAAUAUUUUGACCGUUAAAUCUCAAUUAUUAGUCACCUGAGGAGAAUGUGAGCCUCUAAAAUGUCUUAUAUUGCUAAGGCUAUUAAGCUACAUUUGUAGUUCAAUUUUCUGGAUCAUUGAUAGAGGCAAAACUCUCCAAAUAGUAUUUAUCAAAAUAUGCAUAUUUAAUUCGAUCAAACUGCGCGUGAAUUACUUGUGUAAAGCAUACCGUUAACAGCUGAUGUAAUUAGUUCAUCAAAUUUCCUGGAACUUUUUCAGUUAUAGGGAAAGGGAACGUGAACUGCAAGAAGUGGAAAGAGGUUUCGCCAAAAGAGAAGAUAUAGCUAGAAAGGAAAAAGAAAUGAAUAAAACAGAAAAGCAACUCGAGGAAAGGUCAGCUUCUUUUUUAUUAUUAUUAUUUCAUCUUUGUUUAAGAAAAGUACGAAGGUUUCAGAAACAAAAUCUACUUUUGAGCAUAAAACAAUCAAACCUGGUCAUAAAAUACCAAAUCGGAGGAAACAAUGGGUAGAACAUGUCGAAUUUUAGCAUUGUUGAUUAAACCUUUCGCCCCGGAAGCGCCCGUAAUCUGCGGGUCCAACUUGGUUGCUCACUCACUCACUCGCUCGCUCGCUCGCUCGCUCGCUCACUCACUCACUCACUCACUCACUCACUCACUCACUCACUCACUCACUCACUCACUCACUCACUCACUCACUCACUCACUCACUCACUCACUCACUCACUCACUCACUCACUCACUCACUCACUCACCACUCACCACCACUCACUCACCACCACCACUCACUCACCACCACCACUCACCACCACCACCACCACCACCACCACCACCACUCACCACCACCACCACUCACCUCACCACCACCACCACCACCACCACCACCACCACUCACCACCACCACCACCACUCACCACCACCACCACCACCACCACCACCACCACCACUCACUCACCACCACCACCACCACCACCACCACCACCACCACCACCACCACCACCACUCACCACCACCACCACCACCACCACCACCACCACCACCACCACCACCACCACCACUCACCACCACCACCACCACCACCACCACUCACCACCACCACCACCACCACCACCACCACCACCACCACCACCACCUCACUCACCACCACCACCACUCACCACUCACCACCACCACCACCACCACCACCACCACCACCACCACCACUCACUCACCACCACCACUCACUCACUCACCACUCACCACCACCACCACCACCACCACCACCACCACCACCACCACCACCACCACCACCACCACCACUCACCACCACCACCACCACCACCACCACCACCACCACCACCACUCACCACCACCACCACCACCACCACCACCACCACCACCACCUCACUCCACCACCACUCACCACCACCACCACCACCACCACCACCACUCACCACCACCACCUCACCACCACCACCACCACCACCACCACCACCACCACCACCACUCACUCACCACCACCACCACUCACCACCACCACCACCACCACCACCACCACCACCACCACCACCACCACCACCACCACCACCACCACCACCACCACCACCACCACUCACCUCACUCACCCUCCUCACUCACCACCACUCACUCACUCACUCACUCACUCACUCACUCACUCACUCACUCACUCACUUUUUGUCGGCUCGGGGGCGACUAGGAGAGGAGUAGAGGACCCUGGGAACGAGGUUGAUAUUCACUGUGGUUUAGAUUCACCUCAAGUUAUUUUAAUUUUGUAGCGGUUUUUAAUCGUGAAACGGCAAUUGUUUAAGUGUAAUAAUUAUAGAAGAUUCUAGACACGUUAAGGAUUUUAGCUAUAUUAUAGGAACUGAAAUAUACAGUCAGUUUUGCAAUAGCUUAUAUUACCUUGAAUAGAGGCCAAGUCAUUGUUUUUAGAAAAUUUACGAAUGACGAGUAAGUGAGCUGACUAAUCGAGACAGGGACAGACCGAUGUAAGUAGCAUGGAAGCACAAAACUAACAGAACGUUAUUUUUCACUGGUAGAACUGUUUCCAGGAAUUAGAACACUAGGUAAUCCAUGCUGAAGGUUGUCUACGAUUAAACAGCUUUCUUUGAAUUAGACAAUUACUUCUGUAUCUACACGUUGGUAGUAGUAACCAGUUGCAUCUGCAAGAUAUUUAAGACAAAUUAUUAACGAGACGGCAUCGUAUUUUUAACUCAAAGUGAUCCGACCCUAAUCGAUUUGGUCACCGUUCUCAAGCCUCUACCUUACUCUCUUUUCACACUUAACAGUACAGUAAACAGUAAACAACAGACAUGCAAAGUCUCCGUUAGACAGUGGUUGAACCGUAGAUAAUUCGGAAUAAAUAAUAUCUACUAGCUGAUAAUAGAAACAAAAGAUCAUUAACAAGCACAGAUCUUGCCAUACAUUACAUUCUCUGAAUGCAAAUUAAGAUCAACUGACUUAAACUUCACGAAUGUCUUCUUACGUCAUCUUUUAUGUGGCUGCUGUUGAAUUUACCUUAACGUUUCUGAUUCAGCUAUCAGAAAAGGGAAAGUGAACUACAAAAAGUGAAGGAGGAAAUCUCGAAAAGAGAAGAUGAAAUAACAAAGAGAGAGAAAGGAAUAAUUGAAAAAAAGAUGAAGCGCGAUGACGUGUAAGUUAUCUAUCCUAUCUGAUAACUUUUUUUAGCGUUAAUAUCGACAUUCCCGGGGAUAAAGCAUGCCAGUGGAGUACUAUGGAUUCGAAAAUUCGGUGACCUAUCCUUGCGAAAAAUUUGCUUCGCUGUCUUCAAUAGACCGUAUUCCCACUCCAUCAAACUGGGAUAAGGGGGAAGGGAGACACUGACAAUUGUAGAAGUAAGUCCUAGGCAACCAGCCUGCGUUUGUCAACGAAGAAUGGCGUUUACUGGCAACGUCAGCCCACUUGUUUGAUAAUGGACGGACACCAUUUAAAGGUCAAUUGACCCCUCAGAAAAGUCAUUCGAGCUGACAGAAUCCAUAACCACAUAUGUACACUGAAUAUGUUUGUUUUAUUUGUUUGUUGGUUUGUUGGUUUGUUUUGCUGUUUUUCUUUUUCUUUUUAUCAUUGUUAUUAUUAUUUUUUCGUUUGUUUGCUUUAUGUUGUUAUUGUUUUUAUUUUAAAAAGCCUUCAGAAAAUGCAACGAGAACUACAAGAAGCGAGGGACGAAGUCGCAAAAAGGGAAGAGGAAAAAAUAAAGAAGGAAAAAGAAAUCAUCGCAACAGAAAAGCAACGCGAAAAAGAGUAAGUUUCUAUCCUCCUGAUUGACUUAGUCCAGCAUCUGGUAUAAUAUGGGGAAUCCCAUGGAAUUAUUAAAUCGCGAUACUUCCGCCUCACAUUAGCGGUUCAGAAUCGCAAAUCCUUUCCUGUGAUCCGCUAUUCGUUUUUAGAAUUUUUCAGAGUAACGUAACCGCUUGGAGUUCUCAAAAAUUAAUUAUACAUGAGCCAAACAUCUUUACGUUUUUAACAGUUGUUCUUUGAAAAAUGUUUACAUUUAUCUUAAAAGCUUUGAGAAAAUGCAACGUGAACUACAAGAGGCCAAGGACGAAGUCGCAAAAAGAGAAGUGAGGGAAAAGGAAAUACUGGCAACAGAGAAAAAACGCGAAGAAGUGUAAGUUUCUCUCCUCUUGUGUACCCUGGUCUUCGUUGCUUAUUGGGGACACUUAAAAAAGAAAUAGAAAACAAAUGAAUGUUAAUAAUGCUGAGGACUAAACUGUAAAAUUAAUAGAGAAUUAUUGGUGAAUCAAAAAGGUAUUAUGCUAGAAUAGAUUAGGGAGGUACCAUUAGAAAACCUUUUUUGGGGGGGGGGGGGUGAAGUACAAAAAAAAUAUUCGCGCAAGGGAAAAUUAAAUGAAAAAAAGAUUCGUGCACGCCAAUUAACCCUAAAAAAUACUCAUGCUACGACCUAAAAAAAAUUCAUACAAGGAAUUUGAUAACGAAAAAAAAUUCUUGAGGCUCGAAAAUUCCCUAUCCCCCCCUCCCAUAACUUUUCUAAUGGUCCUUCCCUUAAGGUUAGAAAUUCAAAAUCAUAUCGUAUCUUAACAUAUUGACACUUACUUAAAACACAACCAAUUUAAGAAAAUAAAAAGUCAUAGAAAAAACGAUGAAUAGAAAGAAAAAGAAAGCAGACAAUAAAUACUUUAGCUUGUAAUUACAUGCGGGAAAUUAAUAUAACCAUUCUCACGUAUAGGUCUUCGAUUUAAAAUCAAGCUUUACCCUUUAAUUUAUUAACCAGGGAAAACCCCACUUUUGACCAAAUCUUCCUUUUUAAACCGUUUUUUCUUACUAUUAGCAUGAGAAUGGCUAAACCGUUUUUCUUACUGUUAGCAUGAGAAUGGCUAAAAGAGAUUUUCAAACAGUUAGGGCAUAGUUUCUGCUAAUCAUUGGAUGGAAUUAAGCAGCUUUUUUGUUUUUGGUUUUGUUUUGACGAAUCUAUUUCGAUCUUUUUUCUCGUUCUCGUCCCUUUCCCUUUGCCAUUCUUUUCAUACGCAGUUUUGUUGCUCACUUUCAAGUCUUUCUUUCACAUGGCAUUUUGGCUCGCUUUCUUUCCAAGAAAAGAGUAGGUGUAGAUAAAUAGCAAAAUUGGCAUUUGAUUUUUCCCUCAACUGUUUGCUUGUUUUUUUGUCUGUUUCUCCGUCAGGGUUGGUCAAAAUUUGCUAAAUGAGGUACAUGUACUAGUGGAAAGCUUAAUAGGUUCAUAAAGUUAGGAUAAUAUGCACAGGUUCAUAUGGACCCAAAGCGACCAAAGGUCUUAGGUUAAGGUCUUAUUUGUAAUAUGAUCUCUGAAACAGUUUAAAGUUUCACCGUUAAUAGCUUGAGUUACGUCUUGACUUGAGUAAAAGUAUGGACCUAGGUGUCACAUCGAAUGUCAUCACAUGUCAGUGGAUUGAAGCGACAGACAAAUCAGCUUGCAUACAUCAGACGCAUCUUUGCUCGAUUCGGCCGCCCGUUUAAAUGCUUUGUCACCAACGUUUCUCCAGGACGCCAUCAAUUAUUCCGGUAUCCCAUAGCUUGUGCUAUGAAUGUCCAAGGAAGAAGUACAGAAAAAGGACUAGAUUAUUCAAGGAGGUGGGAUGGAGAGUACAUUUUAUCAAUAAAUAUUUCGAAAAAGGGGUGAGGGUACGAUUCAUAUGUUAAAAUCAUUUUGGAUAAGGGGUGUAUUUUUGCUUCACCAAAACUUUCUGCAAACCACUGUAUUUUAUUAUCAUUAUCAUUAAUUGUAAUUUCUUUUUCGUUUCCGCUGGAAUACGAAAAAAAAAAUGUUUUUGCAGUAUCUCUAAGCUGAGUGAUGAGCUGAAAAGUUCACGUAUGAUGAUGGACAGCUACAAAUCCAGGUAAUUGAACUUCAAACCACACAUUCAAUCAAUGUAUAGUUAUGCUAUCCGUCUAGCAAAUUCACAGAAAGGUCAAACGAUGUAUUGAGAGGUUAUGAAUUCGUUCCUUAGCGUUAGUUUAACUGUCAGAAUGUGGAAUUGCUACUUUGAAGGUCUAUGUUGCCUUUAGAUUUAACAUUAUUCAGACAGAGGGAGUUAAGGACCCCCAAAACUUUAAAUUGUAGUAAUUUCGAAACCGUUCAUGCUUUUUCCUAGCGACGUAUCAGAGCAAUAAUCGGAGUUUCAGAGCUACCUUGUACUAAUCAAAGGGUGCUAAGGCUAACUUGUGGAUUAUUAAUUACUGUAUUUUAGAAAUGAAAGCUGAUAAUGAACCUGCAAUACCGGUAUAUUUUAAGUCUGUCAAAAAAGGAAAAUAUGUUUUACGAAAAAACAAAAACAAAACAAAAGGACCUUAAAAAAAAAAAAAAAGUUUCCCAAGGCGAGAGUCAAACCCCGAACCUCCGACGUAUAAGGUCAACGCCUUAUCUAUUCCGCCACAGCAGCUUCAAUUGAAGACUUUUGUUAAAUUAAUCAUCUUUUAAUAACACUUUUGCCCAUGAAAUUCUGUCGGUCGACGCUGUUUGAAGCCGGAAGAGCUUUAAUUAUGAAGAAUUGAAAGAUAAAUUCGAGGAAAACAAGCAUGGUUUCGACAGUUAAAGCCGUACAUUAAGUCGUUUCGUCGCAUUUGAAAAACAUAUGGCUGACAAGUGUCUCCCAAAAUCCGUCGCGAAGUCUCUUGCAGCUUGCGAUUCUCGGCGUUUACAUGAGGAAAAUUACUUACGAUUUAGCAACAGUAAACAUUUCCGUUUUAUUGAACAAAGAAACAUUUCAUUUGAGAAUGGUAUUUCACUAAAACUCAUGAGAUUGGGAGUCUUGUCGUGAGAAAAGUCAAAAACCCGUGAGACUUACGGCAAAAUCUUGAGCUUCCAAAGCUUUAAAAGUUCAUAAACGUCUGUCUCAAAGUUGGCCACAGUGCUUAUUUGAAUUAUUCAAAGUCUACAUGAAGACAAGGUGUCGUCCUGUGAAUGGUACAAACUCAUAACAUCAAAAGCUCUGGGCACCAUGCACGCUCAGCACUUCUUGAUCGCGGAACGGGAAGGAUCGAUCUAGGACAGUUGUUGUUUUGAUAUCGGGCCCUUUCGUGCGGAUCCGACUAAUUACGAGUGGUGUCUACACUAAGUGGCACAUUUGCAUGGCAGUGCCCACAAUAACUUGCUCCUUAAUUACGCUACUCGUAAUCCACAAGUUAAAAAGAACCGGAUUAAUGGCAAGCAGAAUGGAAGACUGACUCAAACACAAAGUGUAACAAGCAUUAGGAUUCGCUUCAUAAUUCCGCUCUUACUUACGUAUCCAAUAGUCGAUCUGAUUUUUACGGUUCCUCAGAGUAAAAAAUGGAAACAUAAGCUAAGUUUGACGAAAAUGAAAACGUUUUGAUUCCUGGGAUUCCGCUUACGACUAAAUUUCUAAUCAGUGUCCAUUGCAUGCUGUUAAGGGUUCGAUGUGGACACCAGCUCAGACCCCAUCACUGGUUAAAAAAAAAAGAAAACGGAAAACCUUUUCAAAACACCAAGGCUAGUAUUGAAUCGGCAUGCCUUGUACCUGAAAUAAAUUAAGACGGGAUCCUAAUAUUUAAUUGUAACGUUGAUAAAAACAUACACUUUCCAUUUUAAUUUUUUUAGGUUGGCUUUCCUUAGUGAAAGGCAUGUAAAACAAGACCAAAGAAGAGUCGAGAACACCCUUGCCUCAAACAGGCAGUCUGACUUGGAAAAAGACUUCUCCUCGUUUUUCGAUCACGAUAGGCUAGAUGCAUGCGAUAAAAUGCUCUCCAUAUAUCACAAAGAGGAAGACAAUUUUACGUACAUUUAUUAUCCAAGACUGGCCUGCAUUAUACUAGAGGUAUUGAUAUGUAACUAUGAGAAUUUUAAUGAAUAAAAUUAUCGCGUAAAUCGGUUACAAAAACAUGUCGAACAUUAAAAUCAAGCUAAACAAUAUGAAUAUUGAAAUUACCUUAGCAUUGCUAUGCACAGUCCGUCAUAACAAAAAAAAUUCGGAUUAUAAAUUCAUCUGGUGACGUAAGUAGCAGCUGCAAAGAGGGCAAAUCAAUUCAUUAAGAGCGUCGUGGCAAAAAAAAAAAUGUUACGAAGAUUGAAAACCGGGGAAUUGUUAGCCUUCAAUUUAAAACAAAAACAAAACAAACAAAGCGAGUAAAAAAAUUGCACUUUCUUAGGCAGACAGUUCUAAAUAUAACUUACACUCAGUUGCUUAAUGUACAGAUUUCGUCAGGCUUGUCGAUGAAAAAUGGCAGAGCCACUUAAUAAAUUUGCAAAAGCAAGAAGAACUUUCUCUUAUUCAGGCAACAGGCUAAUAAGGUGUAAAAGUUCGGAUGAUAGACCACGUCAAAAGCAUAACUUUUAUCCAGACAGAUUAUUUUGCUGUUUGCAAGUCUCCUAAUAGUUGUCCACUUUGUCAGCUAUUUAGCAGAAAGCAAAGCCCAAUCCGUAAAUUUGAAGUUACACUGUGAUGGCCACUAAAUAGACUCGCAGUAGCGUCAAAUUUGACUAACGAGUCCAGUAUUUGUUAAGACCAAUUGGCUAGCAGCUAAAUAGCUUCAGCGUGCUUUCUCUCGUUUGCCAACAUGUUUCCCUUCAAUACUGAAUAUCACUGAUCUUGGUUGAGACCUAUUGAAAAAAGAAGUCAAACUUGCAGAUCUUAAAGAAGUAUCUGGGUCUCCCGACGUAGUUCACUAUUAGAGAUUUUAAGCUUCACUUAUACGGCAAACGGCAGAUUCAAGUUGAGAAUUUCUUAAAAUAGAUAUGAGCAGAUAAAAACAGCUCAAAACAAUUCUUACAGAAACAAAAUUGCGAGAAACUUCUAAUUGAUGGGUAGAAAUAAUGAACAGUAAAGGAGAAGCAAAGGGAAACUUGGUUACAUGGUUCAAUUUCGCGUUUGCUGUUUAACGUAAACGUGAUGCUUAACCUCUCUAUUUUCCCGAUCCGCUUAAACGUAGCUGAAACUCGCUUAAACAGCAUUUUAUGCAGAAAACAAACAAUCAAAACAAACAAUGACGAGCGGAAACAGAGGAGUGUGUUCCUUUGAUGAGGCGGUUCGGACUAGUAUCAGUGAAAAGAGAUCAUUCGGAUCAUGUAACUUUAAGCCCCGUGCAAACGGACGCAACAUUGUUGGCCAACAACUCCCAACAUUGUUGAAUGUUACAUGUUGCUUCCGUUUGCACACCCUGUUGCAUGUUGUUGAGUGUUGUUGCGCAAGGUUUGAAACCACUCAAACUGUUUUCAGCCAACAACUCCCAACAUUUCUUUUGUUCCGUGAUCGCCGAAGCGUAGCACAACAAUGUUGGAUCCGUUUGCACAGCUCCUCCAACAUUGCUGGGGCCACGCGCGCUCAUUACGCAUGGAUUACAAAGACUUAUGGGUUGUAUUCUUCCCACGAUGCACUGCAGGUCCCAAACUUGUUGGGAGUUGUUGCAUCCGUUUGCACACCACUGCCAACACGCACGCAACAACUCCCAACACUGUUGACGCAACAAUGUCGGGAGUUGUUGCGUCCGUUUGCACGCAGCCUUAAAGGAACUGUGGAUUCAGCGAUUCAAUUUAUGGCAUCCUGAUCCUAGUGAUAUCGAAUCACUGAUCGUGAGUCCAAUCAUAUUUCGAAGGAACGCGCCCUGAAAGCGAAAGUUGCGUUUUAACCUUAUAUUGUUAUUCUCCUGAACCAGACGGCUUAUGAGCAAGCAAAGGAGGCAAGAGACGCUUAUUUUGACUCGUUAAAGGAGUUAACAAAAAGAAUGCUUGAGUUUGCACCUCAGAUGGGAACAUUUGUCAUAGGAAAUAGAAAGGUAAGAAAUCUAUUUUAAUUUCUCAAUCAAAAAGUGUCACUUGUUGUCAGGACCGGCAUUGUUCUUCUUAGCUCAGAUACGUAAUACUAAUAUAUUUAACAAUUAUUCCUCGAGCCCGAAUGCGCUCUAAGUCAAUAGCCCAUGAGGCCGAAGGCGAACUCAGAGGCCAUGAGGGCGAGAGAAAUAAUUGUUUUAGUAAAAUCCAACUAGUUGGUCAAAAAUAUCGAGAAUAAAAAAUUUUUAGCUAGUUAAAGUUAGACUUUAAUCCUUUUUUGCCGCCAAAAAGCCCGCGCUUUUCGCUACUAGUAGGCUAUAACAUAUAGCCUAGUAGUAGCUCAACCAAUCAGAACGCAGUAUUGAUGAUAGACCACUAGUUGGAUUUUACCAAAUAGAUUUAGCCAGGGCUAAAAGCGAAGCUCCCGUUAAUAAAUUCAUAAUUUAAGGUGGCUCGACUGGAUUUUUUGGGGUUAAUACCUCCCAACUUUGAGCAUUAACUACGUCGGCAUGAGUAAAGAUAUGGAAAAAAAGUUACCGCAACUGUAUUAUAUAAAGAUGAAAAUUUCUUAUGAUCUGGGUUUUAUUGCAAUCGGAGUCGCCAUGGCAACGUAAUGACGCCAUUACGUUUUUCAUUUAUCUUUGUGUUUCUCUGUUCCAGGAGUUUUUUGAUGAAAUCGCUUAAGGGAGUAUGUACCUGCUCUAAUUGCCUCCAUUAUGGUAAAGUUUGAACAAAUUCUAUGAGAGCGUUUUCGAAAUAUUUUGAAAUGUAGUUUUAAGAAUGAUAAAAACAGUGAAAUAGCAUGCUAGCCACACAAUUCGCUAAUAUUUUAAGAAAAUGAUAAGCUUUGGGAACGAGGCUUCAUCUCAUAGUGGUUUGACUCCAUUGGAAACUGCAUCCAAAAAAAGAGGGGAAUUGCUCUGGGCGAUCGCGAGUAAGAAGAAUUUUAUUAACUUGCAUUCAGCUGCUUUUGAUACAGUUUUUGGACGUAAUUUGGUCCAUGGCUAAGAAUUUCGCAUUUUUCCAAAAACCGCUCGAUAAAUUUUUUUAUAAAUUCGACAAUCCCGAGAUCAAUGGUCAAGAAAUAUUCCCUGCAAGUUUUAAGAACAUUGAAAAUAAGGAAGGCUUUUAAAUAGGGCCUCAAAUAUAACCAAUUUUCCCCCCAGAUUUUGUGUUUACAAGUGAGCGUCCUCAUUAUUCACUGGCAUUGUUUUCAAGUUUCAUAUGCACGUGCACAACCAGCAAAAGAUAUAAAUUUGCAUAAAAAAGAACUCUCGAUUACUUUCCGAAGAGAUAUCAGGAAUAUGCUAAUAGUUGGCUUGUCGUCACAGAUAGCAGUGAGAGGCGAAACGGUGAACGUCACGGCUCAUCGCGUAGGAUGGAAUACUUAAUUAUCUUACUCGGGUUAUAACAUCACAGAAACUAUCACAAAGAGUUGCUCUGAUGUUAUAAUGUAUCAUUAAUCUCUUUACCCGGUAAUUAGCAUAUACCGAAGAUUUAACCGAGGGUCCUUUUUGAUGCAAAUUCGAUCUUUUUGCUAAAUGUGCGCGUGUAUAUGAAACUUGAAAACAAUGCCAGUGAAUAAUGAGGACGCUCACUUGUAAACACAAAAUCUAGGGGGAAAAUUGGUUAUAUUUGAGGCCCUAUUUAAAAGCCUUCCAUGUUUUCAAUGUUCUUAAAACUUGCAGGGAAUAUUUCUUGACGAUUGAUCGCGGGAUUGUCGAAUUUAUAAAAAAAAUUAUCGAGCGGUUUUUGGAAAAAUGCGAAAUUUUUAGGCAUGGACCAAAUUACGUCCAAAAACUAUAUCAAAAGCAGCUGAAUGCAAGUUAAUAAAAUUCUUCUUACUCGCGAUCGCCUAGAGCAAUUCCCCUCUUUUUUCGUAUGCAGUUUUUUUUCAAUGGAGUCAAACCACUAUGAGAUGAAGCCUCGUUCCCAAAGCUUAUCAUUUUCGUAAAAUAUUAGCGAAUUGUGUAGGUAGCAUGCUAUUUCACUGUUUUUAUCAGUCUUAAAACUACAUUUCAAAAUAUUUCGAAAACGCUCUCAUAGAAUUUGUUCAAACUUUACCAUAAUGGAGGCAAUUAGAGCAGGUACAUACUCCCUUAAUCGAUUUCUUGAAAAAACUCCUGGAACAGAGAAACACAAAGAUAAAUGAAAAACGUAAUGGCGUCAUUACGUUGCCAUGGAGACUCCGAUUGCAAUAAAACCCAGAUCAUAAGAAAUUUUCAUCUUUAUAUAAUACAGUUGUGGUAACCUUUUUUCCAUAUCUUUACUCAUGCCGACGUAGUUAAUGCUCAAAGUUGGAAGGUAUUAACCCCAAAAAAUCCAGUCGAGCCACCUUAAAUCAAACUUGUAAUCCACAGAUCAGGGCACAUACAUGUGACUUUUGAGGCAAAGGCUGAGUGAUUUUAGAGAAAAAUAAUUUGAUAGUCCAAGAGUGAAAACAAAUUUUACAUCGAGUUAAUAGUCUUAUUUGUACACCCAAAGAUAGAAAUCAUGUUCGAUCACAGUAGAUUAGGCCUGGACAACAAAUAGACCUAUUUGUGCAUUGUAUAUGCAUUAGCUGUUGCAUCAUAAUGUGGCAUUCACCAGUCUCUCCAACAUUGCUCCGUUUGAGAGACUAAGGAUAAUUGAACAACCCCGAAAUAUAACUUUACGAAACACACGCGCCACGAUAGUCCUUGAUGGCAGCCAAUUUACACGUUGCAUUCCUCUGUCUAAAAGGGAGGCCAGAAUAAAAAACAGGCCGGAUGUUUUGUGUUCGACAAGUUUACUUUGCAAGUAAAUCUUGGUGACAAAUCUGGUGGCGUGUAACCAGCCUUUUAAACAUACUUUUUCUCAUCACGUCUCAGGUAAACAGUACUAUGAGGCCCUUUUUUAUCAUACAGACCUCAGACAGAAUUUGUUCUUUUUUGCCCUAUUUAAACCUAUAAUUCUGCAGUUUUUCACAAUUUUGCAAGACAAAUUGCACUCAUCCAAUAUCCAGGACGAUCAAAGCACGCGCUUCUUUUGCACAACAAAUUAUAGCAUUGACCAUAUUAUAAAACGUUUUUAUGAAGAGAAUUCCACAACUUUUCAGUUAGAAAAAUCUGGUCCUAUGUGAUAUGCAGGGUAAUACUUAUGGGCUUUUAGUAAAAGCGAUUAAAGCAAUUCCCAAAAUCACCUUUUCGGCCAGCCGGACGGGUUCUCACUUCUGACAGGCACCAGAUUUGCAGUGCGAUUAAUAGAGUUACCAUUUACGCUUCGACAUGGUAGAGAAUUUGUUAUGUUUAGGUUUCAUUUCUCUUUAUUUAUAAAACCGUUUAUGGUUUUGUUAUGUGUAAUCUUUAAAAGCGAGUGAUAUUUACGCGCGGCGUUUUGAGUAUUCCUGCAUGCGAUGUUUAUGUUCGACUGGAAACAACCGAAGCAGCGAUAAAAAUUGCAAGAGGGUCUACUAACAAUCAAUAAAUAAAUAUAAUUCGGUGAAACAUGUACAAAGACAAUAAUUUUCAUUCACGAAGACAAGUAUUGAGAGUAAAUUAAAGUGUCUCUGAAAAUCACGAGUCAGGUAAGCAUAAGCUUAUUUAUCUUUUAAGCCGGCUUCCCGGUGUUUGCUCUUUUUCAAGAUGAACUCGAGGCAAGAAAAUCGCUCAGAGCUUUCUUUUUACAACCGAAAUUAUAACUAAAUAUUCUUCGGAACCUUUUCCUUGAAUUUGCGGUCAAAAAAUGUCUAAAGGCUUUUAAAACCUGAUACUGUUGUAGGUAAGAUCGUUGCUCGUGUAUAAACUUAAGCCGCAUAAACCAUACGCUCGACUUCAGGAAACCGAAGAAAAAAACACAUCAAAGACAAUAAUUGCUCAGGCUUACCAGUCAAGAUGCUGCUUCUGAAGGUCAUCAAGUGUUCCAGAAUCGCUUGAGACUUUUCAACCCUCUUACGCCUCAAGCAAGGGCAAGUGAGUAAGCUCAUUUUUGAAAACGAUGCCAUCCGAAAUCGGAUUUCCAAUGACUUUGACAAGCGGUGCAUUUGUCAACAAAAAGCGCAAUAAACAAACCAGCCAAGAAUUACAGAACAAUCCUGAUAGCAGCUGUAUUUCAUUUUGUACAUCAAGUAGAAAAAGACAGUUCAAAACAUCACAAGAUGACACAAAACUCCGUCAGCUUCAGCUAUCAGUAAGGCCUGUUUUAAACGUCGUGCUACUGCCGUGCUAAGCUGGCUCGACUGUAGCUCGACUGCAGCACGACAUUAGCACGACUUGGUUUCAGACGUGGAGUUUAAUUCAGUCGAAUAGAACGGCUGUUGCCGAAAACAAAGCACAAAAAUAAAGAAACGGUUUGGCAAACUUUUAAAUGUAUUUAUAAUUUAUGAAUUGAGUUCGGCACGGCAGUAGCGCGACAUUUGAAACCAAGUCGAGCUACUGCCGUGUAGCACGGCAAGGCUUGCCGUGCUACACGGCAGUAGCACGACUUGGUUUCAAACGUUGCGCUACUGCCGUGCUAAAGUCGAAUUUAAUUCCAUCAAUUGAGUUCGGCACGGCAGUAGCACGACGUUUGAAACGGGUGUAAGCAAGUUUCCAGAAGCUGCAUAAAUUUUCCGCAUGAACUCACCUGUCAAUUUUGACCAAUCAGGACAUAACAAUUGUACGUAGAGCGUGAUCAACACGUGACCGUGAGAAAAGUCAAAAGCGAUUGCCAUCCCUGCAUGUAAAAGCCGGUUGAAUUUUCGCGUCUGAGGUCAGUUCGAAAUCAAAAUUUUAAAAUUGUGGCUCAUGAACACGACUUAUUUCAUAUGCAUUUUAAAAAAAUUGAACUUGAGCCUGCGAUCAUUUGAAAAGUAGCAACUUGUCAGCGGAUAACUUCAAAAAAACACUCGAACUCAGUGGAUCGAUACCUGAGCCCACGAUACGGUCAGGCGAUACUGGUCAGCAGAAACACUAUUUUGACAGCUGUCAAUUAAUCAAAACAUGGAUGUACAAUAUCAGGUUGCAGGCUCCCAAACUAGCUAGAGAGUGUGAGAUUAAACGUUGGUAUGCCUGCGGUGUGGACGGACGGAUGGUCGGUGUACGGUCACGUGAUUGCCGAAUAUUCUAGGAUGGAUAGAUUUUCUAAGCUAUGGGGCUUCGAAUUGAGCCCGUGAUCAAAUAAAAUAUCAGCGGAAAACUGUAAAUCUACUGACCUCAAUGGAUAGAAAAAUGCGCCCGCGAUACAGUCAGGUGAUGAAGGUCAGUGUAUUCUCUAGUUUGACAGCUGUCAAUUAACCUUCCAGUAGGGCGUCAUAAACUUAGGCCCGGGCACUAGAGAAGAUAUUGGCGAAUGAAAAUCCGAUGUGUCUGGCCAUCGUGACGUCACGUUCAAGCCGGCCCGGGAAGGUUUGAAACAAGGUAAACAAAAUGCUUGUCGUGAAAAGUUCACGGUCCAAUUUCUGAGUAACAGUGGAGCAAAUCAUUUCAAAAACUAAAGCGAAGUUGCAGAUCUUAUCAUACAAAGUAUCAAUAACGCAAUUUUAGCCUGAAAACAAACAGACUGGCGACAAGACUCAAAAGUGUUGAGAAACGCUUCUGCCGAUCAAUAAAAAUCAUCAGCAAGAUCAUCUUUAAUGGCCGGUAACUCAGAAACCCCACAAUACUGCGCUUGGAGACAAAAACAUAACUUGCAUAGAUCAAAACUCUUUCUCAUUUUUGAAAAAUUAGAUCUCAUAACAAUUUUAUAAAAAUGAUCAGUCACUUUAAACACUACUUUCCGCAGGUACCUUGCGAGUCAGCAGCGAAGAGCAAGGAAAAGAAACCAGUUAAUCCAACAAUAAAGCUCUCGAAUCGAAACGAGUAAUACUAUUACUUCGAGGAUAUCUGUUUAUGUCAAUGUUUGGACUUGAGAGGUGCUUGUUGAAUACAGUUUAAGUCUACAAAAUUGCCUAAGAAAUAUGUUACACUCAUACUAUUAAGUUUAUAGGCAGUUGGGCUGACGCAAGAUUCUACAGGAGCCUUCCACUGAAAACAAUACCUUCAAGAAAAAAUCAGAAUCAAAACAAUAAAUUGAUCAAUAAAUCAAUCAGUCAACUUUAUAAACGCUCGAAAAUUUGGAGUAACUGUUUCCCCGGGGGUCCUCAUAUUCCAACUAUCAGUGCAGAUUCAAACAUUUCACGUACACUAUACUGUACAUCUCGAUUGCCGAAGCUACUCGGGUGUAAGUUUUUCGUUGGUAAAUAAUAAUUGCUCCAUUUGCUCCUCAGAGGUAAGUAUAAGGAAACUAUUUCCUAAGUCUGUUGUUAUGUGGGAGUAUAUGUACCUCACUUGAAAUCAUGCUUCUAGACCUGAUACCCAAGUAUCCCAGUGACAAAAUACUUAUGGUGUAAAUCUUUUAUUGACACUUUUUUUUACUUUCCAUUGAACUAUGCAAGAUAAUCUUACUAAAUAAAAGAAAAAGUCAGGAAAAAUGUCUAGACAGGUUAUACUACUGAAGACAGUACAAGAAGCACUGGGCCAGGAGAAAAAUAAUCAAACUAAACAAAACAUUUUGGGUUGUAGUUUCACAUCAUUAAAAAAUGCAACUGAAAAUCUGUGUACAUUCUCAGGCUAAAGCUUCCAGUGAUGAAUUGACUUGAAGGCUAUGCCUGUUAAAACACAUUAUUCAUUAUUUUUUUCUGAAAUCCUGUCAGUGAGCAGUUUCACGAAAAUAAUUUCUACGUAUAAAUCCUCAUCACAUUGUCAAUAACAAAAAAAGAACAAGCAUAUGAUCAGUAAUGUUAUGUUCUGGAGUGACCGUAGAUGUUUUGAUCGAACGAUGAUGACAGUAGAGGCCAAGAGAAUAAGAAUGAGAGGCCUCUCAGUCUACUCUCAAAUUCCGUUUACAUGUAAGACAUGUAAGUCCAGAAACGUCAUUGGUCUAAGUAGUGUUAAUCCUGUAGAAAAAACAGAAAAUGAUUAGCCUUAUCAUUACACCUUUCUAAUCCUUACCACCAUAGUUAGUAGUAACUAUGAUACUACUGAAAACCUGUUUAAGAUUUAUGUACUGUUUUAUAUAGUUAGAUAGACUGGUUAGUUACUCUUGGUGACAAAGUAAGCUAGUAAAGGAUGCAGUGUUUACAUGUAUCAGCCCCAACCCCCACCCCCGCCCCCCCGAACCUAUGUGGCAUAGUGGGGAUUUAAUGCAGCCAAUGCCAGGGUUUAACACAUACAGUGAAACCUCUAUAAUUAAGUGGACACCCUCUAUUAAGCCGGGUCCCAAAAUUAUCUUCUUAUAUUUUCCUUUAUAACGAACCCCUAUUCAGCGGAUACCUCUAUUAAGCGGACGCGGACACUAAAAAAUAAAUACUUGGUUAAUUUCUAUUGUCAAAAACCUCUAUCAAGCGGAUACCGGACUGAACUGACAAUAGUAGUAUUGGAUUUCGUCCUUGAAAUACGUACUGUAGUCGAUUAAAAAUGAUAAAUCAAUACUGACAUUUAGCUGUCAAAAGUUCACCUAAACGUCUUGCACAAAGUACAGCACAGCUUCCUUAGCUUCCUCAACAACAUGGAACUUUAUCACAGUACAGAGUAAACGUUCAGUGUUAAUCGUUAAUUAACAUUGCGAAAUUUUUACAAACCUCUAUUAAGCGAGAAAACCGUUUUCUUUUUUUUUUGAGUCAAAUGAGUCAGUGAGUCAGAUCUGAAAAAAUAACAUUUUUGGUAGAAAUAAUAAAAUCAAGCUUUACUUUUAUUAUUUUGUCUACUUGCUUCAUUGCUGCCUCCACGUGCAAGGCCUACUUCCGACAUGAAAUCUCAACCUGGGCUGUUUGUUAGCAGUAUUCCAGGCCCUUCCGCUACCACUACGUGCAUGGCCCGAAGAAUAGCAGCCUUCCCAGACAUCCUUUAAGAACCAUUUAAAGCAUCAGAUCAGACAAUCCAUAUUACUAGAUGUUCCAUAGGCGAACUAAUGUACAUAAACACAAACAAAAUGCAAAGAAUGAAUGCCCAAAGAUUUUCAUCAAUCAACGAGCCUUGAAAGUUAUUUAAAAUUACAAUGGGUAUACACAAGAGAGGAUAAAGGCGAUAGAGGGCAUCCCCCAUACACACCCUAUUCCAUAGUUAAUUCGUCUCGAGUUAUUUUUAGAAUCGGGAUAAAGCUACCUCGCGCGCUGCGUGGGUGUUUCGAGGAGGUUUCGCAUGACUAAACGCCGUGCAAAACAUGUCGGGCGAAGGGCAAUGAAAGCGUAAAGAGAUCGAGAGCAUUCCUGAAUAUUGAAGCAAAAUGAGUCGGCGCUCACCUGGGAAAAGGAAAUCGCUCCAUCUCUUCUUCCGAAAGACGCCUUUUUGCUUGAUUUGGUGACGGUCGAACUCGAAGGCGCAGGUUUAGGCUUCCCUAGACUUUUCCUGCUCUUCGCUUCAUCUGCUGAACUAUCAUCGGAAUAGGAGCUUUCAACGUUUUCUUGUAUUUCAUUGGCACUCUCCGUUUCGGCUACAGCUUUCUCCUCGCUUGCAUUUCUUCGCUAGAACUCUCAGCUUCGCUCGAAUCAACGUCGUUACAAUGCCUAGAAACAAGCCAGGAAGGGGGAUCUUUUUUUAAUUUCCGUUUUGCUGACACAGCUUUAGCAGAAAUCUCUCUGUAGUCGUUUUCGUCAACAAAACGAAUAGCAAUAUCGCUCUACGCGUCUUCCGCCAUUUUGUUCUGCGUCAAUUCGUGAGGGACGCGUGUCUCUGAGCGUGCGUCAUCCACGCGGAGCACAUUCGCGCUAUGUGAUUGGCUGUAGUCUAAUACCACUUGGGAUCUGUGAUCUUAAAAAUAACUCGAGACGAAUUACCUGUGGAAUAGGGUGUGUAUGGGGGAUGCCUUCUCUGUUCCCUUUAUCCUCUCUUGGUAUACAGUAAUACCUCAAUAAUAAUAAUUCGUACACUGUAUGUUUCUAAUAUAAACACUGAUUGUGUACAACUGUUCGACUCACUGUUUCAUACCCCUCCUCGGGCAAAUUACAAUUCAGUUUGUUCGCCUCGUAGCAUCAUUCACCUUUUGAGGCAAGUAAAACUCAUCGGAAAAAGUGGUCAACUAAAUUGGGAAUUAAGGUUAUCUACUGAAAACAACUCUGCAACUGAUUGCUGGAACGAACGCUUUAAAACACAAAUUGUCUGUCGUGGGAUGGAUCGUCUUCAGUGUGUUCAUGAUCCACAGCAAUCCAUGGAAUAAAAGAACAUUAUAUUCCCCUUGAUUUCUCACUAAAACCUAAUGAAGCUAAAUUUUAUUGUUUCUACCAAAACUUUUAUUUGUUCAUAUCUCACUCAAUGACUCAUUGACUCAUGACUCAUUGACUCAUUUGACUCAUUACCACUUUAGACUCUUACAAACAACCAGAUUUGUCGCCAAGAUUUACUUGUAAAGUAAACCUGUCGAACAUAAAUUUUUUUCGAAACACAAAAAAGCCGGCCUGACUUUUUUUUUCUUUUGGCCUUCCCUUUAGACAGAGGAAUGCAACGUGUAAAUUGGCAGCAACCAAGGACUAUCGUGUUGCAUAAAGUUAUGUUUUGGGGAUGUCCUAUUAUCUGCAUAGUCUCUGUAACGGAGUGGUUGGAGAGGCUACGAAUUAAUCUUAUAAAAUAAAGGUGGUCUAGGUUGGUGACUGGGUUUAACUUCUUUGUUUGGGAAAAAUGUGUUUCAUCUACUUUGAUCGAAGAAGAUGCUGCUAUUUUUCGGUGUACAUAUAAGACUAUUAACGCGAUGUAAAAUUUGUUUUACUCUUGCACUGCCAAAUUAUUUUUCUCUAAAAUCACUUUCCCUCAAAAUUCUCAAGAAUGUACCUUAAUUUUUGUUGUUAGAUUUAAAUUAUUAAUUUAUUAACGUGAGCUUCGCUUUUAGCCCUGGCUAAAUCUAUAUAUUAUGUAGGGGCAAAACGACUGAUCUUUUAUCUGAGCCCGCGAGAUGGUCAUGCGAUAAUUGUCAGCGGAUGUCUGAUUUUGACAGCUGUCAAUCUAAUCGUACUCAUACGGAUGGCUUACAUAACUGAGAGGCUAGUCAAGUUGUGCAAGAUCUAUUGUGACAUUUGCCAUCGGCUUACAUGAAGUGUGUGUACGGGUGGGCGGGCGUACGCUACGUCAUAACCAAAUUUUCUCGGAUUGAUAGUUUACCAAAUUUUGUUACUCAUGAUCUGCUACAAAAAACGUUUUUGUCUGAAGCAGUUGCUGCGAAAUAACCCUGGGACGUACAUGGGAGGGGGAUGGUCCCUCGCCCCCCUCCCCGUGAGAUUUUUCUGAGUUUUUUCGUGGACGAUAAAACACCAGCACCUGAUGCUUUCAGUAGCUGUUUGUUUAUCUCUAGCACGCAUUUUGAGACAAAUUUAGUGAUGGUCAGUUACUAUGGUUAAGAGAUAUGACGUCAUAAGUAGCAAAUGCUCAAGCCAUUUUUGAGUGGAAAUGCAUGUUGUCGCAACUUUUUUUUUAACAACUGAAUGUAAAGAUUGUGGAUAAAAUGAACCAAAAUGUUUAUUUAUUUGUUAUUUUAAGCGUCAAGCAUAAAAAAUCACCAUUUCUUGCUGUUUUAACCUCAUUUCUAAUUCUUGAUAAAAUCCAAGAUGGCGGCCAAGAUGGCGACCAUUGUUGGUGACGUGACAGGCCUCCAGCAACGCCAUCACGCAUAAAAUAUACCUCAUCUUGUUGAGAAGAUCAAAGGCUUUCCACUGAUGGCAAAAUCGUUUCGAAAUACUGCAACGUAUCAAAAACUGUAGGGCAAGGGGGGUUUUAUCACCCCGCCUCUUGUACCACGGUGGGGGUAAGAAUUUGCGUGUACGUACAAGGGUUAAGCUCACCGCCACUUACGAGGGCUGAAAGUAAUGGUUAUAAUCUUAUGGCUGCAAUAGUACGAGCGCUCUGAUUGGCUGCUAAGCGGGCAAAAUUUUCUUGUAAUGACCGGGCAAAAGUAGCUAGGCCUCUAUGACCUCUUGCGCGCAGAUUUUAAAGAAAUUUAGAAUAGCGAAUAUAGUAUUGAUAACAGCGCAAAAAAGCCGAAUUCCAUAUUUGUUUCAUUAUUCAUUCAAAAUAAUUCCUAGUUUAAAAAUAUUCUCCAAAUAGCAGAUGUGGCCCUUCGAGUUGUCUUCUUGCUGUUCUUGCCAUGUUUUAGCUAUUAUUUCGCCUAGUUCUUACUCUUGAAAGGAGUGAAAUGUCCGCCAUUUUUGCUUUUACAACCAAAACAACUCAACCUCGUCCCCAGGUCUUCUCGGUUAACGGUGCAUUAACCUGCAAGCAAGCUGCACUUUUGACGUCAUCGGUUCAUUAAUCGCAAAAUUCUUCCAAGUUAGGUCAUCAGUAGCUGGUUAUGGUGAAUUAUGAGUGUGCUUUUAGUCAACCAGAAUCGGGGAAAUAUUUUGAAUGAAUAAUAAACCUCAUUAAAUUCGUCCAUUCGGUCAUUACAAGGAAAUCUAAGACCUCGGCCUUGAUGUAUUGACUUCGCUAUCGCUCUGUCAAUACAUCAUGGCCUCGGCUGAGAUUUUCCUAUAAUGAUCUCACUUUCGGUUAACAAGGGGUAUGUAUUGUUCAAAUGUCACGCGCGUGUGUGCCGGGUGAUUAUUGUCAAGCGUUUGUCAGGCUGGAAUGUCGCUCGUGUCUUGAUCGUCGAAGUUUUUUGCAUUGAGAUUUGUUAAAUUACAACAUGUAAUCAGUAUAUUCAACAUGAGCAUGUACAUGUAAUAAGCACAUUGAUAUUAGGAACAAACACGCUACAGAUUUUGCCAGCCUUAUUAUCAAUCUGCAAUAAUGAAGUACAGCGUAGUGUUUUCCAGCAUAUAGUGAUCUGAAGUGUAAUUGUUUGUAACAAAUUCCUGUUGAUAGCAGGGAGAUGAAUUUACGUAGAAUAACAUGAACCAAUCUCUCCUGGACUGGAAAUGUGUACGACAAUUACGUGUCCCUCCGCAAAGAUAAUUGUUCUCAUGCAAGGGCAUGCUGGAAUGUAUAGCGCGUGAAAUUCAUCAUGCUAGCCAUGCCUUUACUAUAUACUGUUCUGCUUACCUAAACUGCGGCCUCCCAAAUCAAUCCAGUUACAUUUCCUUAAGGGCAAGCUCGUUAAUCCCCAGGGGAAUACAGUCGACUCUCCAGCGUGCAAAGAGAGUAGUGUCCUAUAGCCUGGGGCUAGUGGUUGCCAUCGGGCAAGUGAAUUCUGUUCUUAAAAGUCAACACUUACUUCCAUCCACCAAACUGACGUUGACAGAUUAAUGAUUCGUACACAAAGUAAAAGUUAGGGCUAGGUUAGGGUUAGGGUUAGGGUUGUUGCUAUAUAUAUUCAAAGCAAACCAUACAUUGUCAGCAAAUCCUCGGUGGUGUAGGGGUUAAGGUGAUGCACUGCAGAGCCCAUGCUCCGAGAUCGAAUCCUGAAUUGAAGAGACUUAGACUUUUAUGAAGAGAAAUUUCAAGAAACACAGAAAUUUCAUGUAAGAAAAGUGAAAUGUCUUGUGAGAGCCACUGAGAGGGAAAUGUCAGUUUGGCGGAUGGAAACAAGUGAAAGAGGCUAUGUCAGCUGGACAGCAUGCGCGCUGAGGUUAUGAAAUUACUUUCAACUGUCAAAAUUCUAUUGUUUUUAACGCGUGGCUUUCUCCAUGCUCUCUGUCACGUCCAAGGCUCCGAAAUUUAGAGAGAGGUUAACAAGCGAGUUGGGUUUGGAUAAGUGAUAUUUCGAUAGAAUUUACGGAAAGUUUCUUCUCUGGUUUUGCUAGAUCGUUAACUUCUGCUUUGUGUACUUAUUUAUCAAUAAAUGAAAUUGAAUUGAAAAAAAAAAAAAAAAAAAAAGAAUAAAAGUGUUAAGACAAUUUUACUUGUAGUUUUGAAGUAAAACGCAUGCCAUUCAUGAAAAUAGAGCGCGAACAAGAAUUCAGCAAAAACAUAUUGUCUUAAAAUAAAUCGUCUUAAAAUAAAUCGAAGUUUUAUUUUAUAGACGAGCUACAAAAGACGCAAGAUAAAGACCGAGACUGUUUCAAGUCAUUAACAAUUAGACUUGUCUGUCGCUACUGAUUUGAUAAUUUAGAUGCUGACAGAACAAGAGACAUCAAGUCUUUGUUUUGAUCUUAGGGCAACACACAUUUAUCGCGCAAAAUUGUUCGAUCGCCGGUGCCGAAUCACUGUGACGUCGAGAAAAACAGAACCAAGCAUCAUUGAUAUACUACUCCAUUGUAAGUAGUCCGUUGAUAAAAGGGGAAAGUAAACUCUGCUAUUUUCCAAAAAUAUGCUCGAACACAAACACUUCAAAAACAUGGCAUUCACAGGAUCUAACUGGUACUGGUGCCUCUCUAAGUCUGUUGAGAACAAUCCGGACGAGCAAACGGUCGUGUUUAUCGUUGCUGUGAAUCAAGAUAAAUACAAGAAGGAAUCUAGCCGAAUUUUAUAAAGUUUCCUUCGGCAGUUAGUUUCGUCACGAAACUCAUGGCCAUGCUGUUGUAAUCGUUUUAAAAAAACAGCUGCCGCCAACUCGAUAGCCGCUUCAUUAUAUGUCCACAUACUUUGAGCACAAAAAAUAUCCAAGAGCCAGCAGCCUCUAAAAUAAUCAACAGAAAGGUUUUGUGAACUAUAGGGAAGAUGUUAUCAAAGAUUCCACCACUCAUUGUGGGGUAGCUGUCGCCGUUAACUCUGCCAUUACAACGGCCGCUGAUAAAAGGACACUGUAAAUCCACGGAAAAAAAUUCCACGGGCAAACAAUUUCAACAUAACGCCAAAAAAUUCUUCUGUAAUCAACAUAGAACUAUUCUUAAUACAAAACUUCGCUAACUAUCAAACGAUGGCUGAGAUUUAGACAGAUAAAAACAGCUUUCCAAAAUCUCCGACAGAACUUGAAAAAGGCGGGCCGACUUUUUCAAGUUUGUUUUCAUUGGCUCGCGCAUGCGUCAGGGGUGACGUAGCCCCUCUAACUUGCCCGGUGGGCAAUUGAAGUUUUUUGAUCAAGAAUUCAAAUUACAGUAGAACCGUUAAAUCAAUUCUGCUCAUCAAAACGUUUUUGGGGCUUGUUGAAAUGACGUUUGGGCUAGUAUAUGCUAGCCUCAGCUUGUCCGAAUGGCAAGCUGUAAAAAUGACAUUCUUUGCACCCUGCUCUCUGUUAACGGAUACUUUUGUAAGACGGACACUUCUGUAAAACGGACACAUGGGGUUGGUAUCUUCCUUUCUUUACUCCCUUUAUUUGACUCUCCAUAAGAAGGACAUCUCUCAAGGGUGUCCGUCUUGGAGAGAGUUGACUGCAUUCCCCAUGAUGACCUAUACGGGGAGGCUCCCCCCGAAAGGGGUAUCUUUUUCAGGCUUUAGUUAUAUGAAAGGGUAGGGACUAAUCAGUUGAGGUUUAUAAAAGGGUGGGGACUUUUGUCAUGUCGGUCUGUAAACAAGGUCCGAAGGGGUUAACAGUUGCAUUUUUGUCUUUCAUAAAAUCUUCUGGCUUGGUGAUUUAUUCAUAUUUUAAAGACAGUGCAUUUGCAACAGUUAAAAGGGAUGGAAAGCUCUAAAGUAGGUAUAUGAAAGGGUUACCUUUUCCGUCAAAAAUUGUAUAGAAAAGGCAAAGGGGUUUGACCUGGGGGCAGAACCUCCUCUUAUAAAACUUUGAGGAGAGUCCCCUGGGCGUUAAUCAUAUAGAAACAGUUUAUCUAUAUAUGUAAGAGUUUAGCGUGAGUUAGUUUUUGCCGAACAGUGGUUUAAGAAAUCUUUCGUUACUAACUUAUGACAUUUAACUAAAACUGUGUUGUUUACGUAUUUCACCUGUUUUAUCAGUGCUUUUUAUCCUUUCAGUCUUUUAUGAAGAGCAAAUCUUCUGGAGAUCCUCUCAAAUUUACAUUUAAAGCUUUCCUGAUGGAAGAGCCAUCAACGUUCCCAAAGGAUGCCGUGGACGGAAUGUUGCUUUCAUUGAAAGAGUCUGCAGAAUGCUGUAACCUCGAUAACCUCGUGGAGGUUUGUUUGUUCUUUGCUUGAGACGAAAGCUUUGUUAAAUGCUUUGCUUUAAAUAUAUUUUCUAUGUAAUUAGCCUUGGGAAAUUCCCUUAAGCAAUACGGCAGAAGAUCAGGUUUGUAGAAGGGGGAGAUGAAUAAAGGUGUUUGGGAGAUAGAGCUCCCCAGGAUUCUGAAAGAUGAGCAACAUUUAGAAUCGUGUCCGAGUAUAUGCGGAUGGAGUUCAGAAUAUAAGAGUGUGCAAUCCUAAUUCCUCGCGAAGGGCCGAGCCGCGAGGUUUAUAAUCUCAUCGCGCGCGAAGCGCGCAUGUAUCACACGAGCAUCGCAAGGCCAGCGUCAUUUUCUCUUGGCUAUAAAUCUAUCGAGUUUGGUUGGUGUCCGCCUUGACGUCAUCCAGAGUAGUGACGUCAAAGUGCAUUGUGGGUUUCCAGGCAACCGAUUGCCAUCGAUGACUUAUUCAUGAAGAGGGUUUUUUCAUAUGUGAAUUAUAACAGUGUUUACGGUCGCUGAAGCACCACCCAUUAUCUCAGGCAAAUAAAAGAGAACAGCAAACUCAACAACAGUGGAUUCAACAAGUGGCUGGAAAUCCUCGCUGGGAAAGAUUUACAAACAAAAAUCCGCAAGACCGAGAACAUCGACGUUACAUUCAGGGCGAGCAACGGCACUGCGAAGGCAAACGCUGUCAACUAAAGGCAGAGGAUGUAAAGAGGCAGCAACAAAAUACUACAAUUACACUGCAAACAAAGCCGACGGAGAGGGGGAACACCGACUGCCGACGUUUCAGCAAAAUGCGUUCAAUAGAAUUCGGAACGAAACCAACGAGGAAUGAUCGAGAGGCAAGUUUACAGUCAAAAUUAUCCUCUUCGAUGCAACGAUAGGCAGCAAGAAUUACACCAUCUGUAAAAUCGACGUGAGGAGUAUCUUUCCGACGGACUGAGGACAGCCAAUCAGCCUUUUCACCGUUUUACAGUAAGCUUUAUUUUACAAUGAACAGUUUAGAACACCGACAAUGUGUGACAUGUAGGUAGGGAAGCGUUACAUUUGUAAACAAAAUCCUUACUGAAGAAAAUUUUGCGUUUAAGCUUACAAUUUUCAUUCAAUUUCCUUCACAAGUAAAAUAUAUAAAUGUGUGUAUAGCAGCCUUAUACAUAAACACAGCUGUGUCUUUUAUGUCAAAUAUAACAAAAAUUUAUUAUCGCUGGCCUCAUAUAUUUUCGUUCCAAAAGACCAUCUGUAUUUCGGAUAUCCUCAGAAUAAUAGUGUGUGACAUGGUUGCCAUGCUAGGAACGUUAAUUCCUUUCGCUGUUAGGGAAAAUUUAAGAAGUCAGUCGUAAAAUUUCACUCUUUCAAAGAAGUCAGAGAGAGGUGACAUAUUCAUAGAAAUAAAACAUUUGUUCCAUUGGCAGAAGAAGAUUGUUUCAAGAAAUUGAACGACAUGCAAACAGAUAUAGGGUUUCCCAUUUAAGAUCAAUCCAUCCUUCACUUAGCUUUACAUUCACUAUAAAUGUAUGUAAUACAGGGAAAAUUUUCAUUUGACUCGUCUCAGCCUGGGAAUUUAAAAAUCUAUGGCUCUAGUACUUUCUCAACAAGCUCAUGCAUGUUUAUAAUGGACACCAAUGGAGAAACUGAUCACCUUCAACAUGACUUGCUUGUGGACAUUUCUUACAAAUUCACUCUUGCAUGGGUAUUUGUUUCUUAUGCAUGUACACGAAUGCCUAAGUGAUAAAAAAAAAAUUGGUACUUUUUACAUGGAUUCAGUUCUUUAUGAUGAAUGCCCGCAUAUUCAAUGAUCGUAAGUCAUGGUCACUUUAAUAAUUCUCAUGAACUGCAUCCUUAAUGACAUUGCUACUUGUAAUUUUCUAUUUCAGUGAUUAUGUUUGCACUUUACUGUUAAAAACAAUAGUUGUCAAGUGUGAUUAUGUACCAAAAAAAAGUGCAAACACUUUUGUAGCUGUAGCUGACCUAGCAAACAUUUUUUUCUCCAAUUACCAGCAUUUAGCUGUUGUUUUCGCUGCAGCAUUAUCUCCUACCAUUGCCAUCCACUCACUACUACUGACACAUUUCACAAAUAAAUAUUACAAUUAAGGGUGAGCUUUUAUUAAGCAAAUGCAACUACAUAUUAGUCAGCAGUUAUCCACUAUCACCCCCAUUUCCUUUUGACCCUAAUAACACAUGUAGGAGGGUCAAAUGGGGUGAACACGGGAUGGGACCUAUGCAGCAUUGGCUAACAACAGCAACCCCAUUUAAAUCUCAGAAGAUCCUGGAAGCACUGGGUUCAAAUUUAAUCCCCAGGAGAUUAAGUACAUCUCAGUUUCCAAUAUUAGACCAGCCUUCCCCUGUCCUCCCACCCCUUAUGGGCUUCGCCCCCGAGCUUCGCGAAAAGGUGUGCCAAAGUGAAGGAAUUGUGCUUCCUGGGGAUAAAAAGGUACCAUCACUGAAUGGAGAGGAUAACGAAAACUGCGAGUAUCUUGGGGUGCUUUUGGCGGAUAAUAAUAAUUAUAGUGAGAUGAAGGAGAAGAUCCAGAAGAAAUGUUUCCGCAAAGUUAAGACGAAGCUUAAGUCCAAGCUUAAUGAUGGCAAUACGAUCAAAGCAAUAAACUCUAGAGCAGUUUCCAGUGUUAGGUACGGGGCAGGAAUUGUUGAUUGGACCAAAGAGGAGCAGAAAGUAAUGGAUCGCAAAACACGAAAACUGAUGCAUGAAUGAAUGAAUGAAGUAAUCCUUUAUCGUCCAUUACCCCCUCGGGCUGAGGUGGACCGGCUGUACUUUAAAAGAUCAGAGGGUGGGCGCAAUGAUAUAAAGAGUUACCUCUAAGAAUCCGAGGGAGGGUUGUGAAAAGCUGUAUGCAAAGGUAAUGUUCUUCAAGAGAAGGAUCCUGGAAAGAAAAGAGAAUCAUAGAUAGACGAUCAUACCCGAAAGUACCGCAAAAAACCCCUCCAUGGACAGUUUAUCAGAAGUUGCGAGGAAAUUAGGCACUUGAAUUCGUGGGCAUGGCUGAAGAGAGGUAAGCCAAAAAAAGAAAGUGAAGGUAUUAUCAUGGCCGCACAAGACCUGGCUUUGCGAACAAACAGUGUAAAGAAGCCAAUUGACAAUCAAAAUGUUUCCCCAGCAUGCAGAAUGUCGUAUAAACAUAUCAACAUGCAGAAUGUGUAGAGAAAGAGAAGAGACAGUGAGCCAUCUAGUAGCAGAAUGCACUUCACUUGCACAGAAAUAUUUCAAGGCAUGGAGACACGAUAAGGUCGCCCAGGUUAUCCACUGGGAUCUCAGCGAGAAAUUUGGCAUGAAAAAACAGCAAACUGGUAUGACCACGAACCGCAGUCUGGGAUUCUGAGAAGAAAACACUGUUGUAGGAUCCAAAAAGCCUAUCACAUUGAACACAACUAGCCCGAUAUUGUGCUCCUAAAUAGGGAAGAGAAAUCGUGCUAUAUAAUUUAUAGCAAAAAGGGAAGAUCGAUAAUUACUGGGACUUGAAAUACGAGAUGAAACGAAUUUUCGUUCAGUUCAAGUUAUUGCAAAAGUAAUUGGUGCACCGGGAACAGUUUCAAAAGGAUUUGAUUUGCGGCUGCACAGUUGGGAAUGCAAUAUUGCAUGGAACUCUACAACGAUUAACCUUGCUGAAGUCAGGUUCAGGAUUCUGCGAAAAGUGCAGGACACUUAAUUAUAUUAAGGACGGAAUGAUGGUAAGGAGUAUCCUAGGCCACAGGCUGCGACCCGAUACUCAGUAACAUUUCCUGAAUUAUGUAUUGAUAGGCUUGUAAUAAUUAUAAAAGUAAAUUGUAAUUAUCAUAAAAAAUUCACCAGAAUCCUUUGAGGCAUUUUUUAAACAGGUUUAUAACUUUGACAGUUUUAUACGUAGAAGACUGACAGACCACAACAAGUUAACAUUUGCCAUAAAAUAUCUUCCCAUGUCACAUCUAAGGUAAUGACGUCAUCAGUCACGUGACUAUCGCUGAGUUUUUUGUUGUUGUUUUUGCUGUGACAAGAUGUCAGAAACGAGUUAAAACGUAAAAGGGUGUAUUUGGCGGCCAUAUUGUUUUUCUUCAUUCCGGGGAGAGAGAUCAUGUAGCAGUUCUUCUGACCCUAAAAGCCAAAUGGUUUGCUACCUUAACCUAAAACAAUGAAAAUAAUGAUAAACAAUGUUGUGUUUUACCCGACCGAUGAAAAGACACCUUACGAGCAGGGAGAGAAUCGUACGGUCAUACUGUUCAGUGGUAGCCAUGCGAUCGAUAGUUCAUAAAUUUCUUAAACGUUCCCCGGCAUGGACCAAUCCUGAAAGUGUUUUAAUAGGUUUAUUGUGAGAUUUACGUCUGGCUUCGAUCAGUUAAAGAUUUAAUUCUACAGGGAAACCGAAAAAGUCAUCCUUGAAAACUGUCAAUCACCAUAGAGAAGGAAUAUGUACCUCUUUUAGACUUAAAUUGUUGAUGUCUACCGAGGUGGUGUAGUGGAUGGAGGCGGUAACUUUUAGUUCUAACUGAUUCGGGUUCGAAUCCCUUUGAAGCAAAUUUUUCGUAACCUUAUAUUUUUUCCUUUUUCUUUUUUACUACCUUUUCUACCUGUGUGGUGCAUAUAGCUAGUAAUAUAAUGUGAUAGAUAGCGCUGCGCACAGAUUCUAAAAAUAGUCUGCGUCUGAUAAGAUCCCCCGCAUGACUCAGACAAACUUUGCUUCUCACUCAAAAGGCUUUGUAUGCGCGUUUAUAACUAUUGUUGAGUCAAAUCAUUGUUUUUUUCGUGUAUUUUUGUCGGGAUAUGGUAAACAACAAACGUUGCAGCUGGGAAACAUGUGAGAUCCCUGAAAAAGUGGUCUGAGUUACUAAAUAAAUGCGAGAAAUCCGGAAAGAAAGCGACGCUGUGUUUUGUGGCAGUGACCAGGCAGCCGGGAAAUGUUUUGAAAGAGAUAGCUACAUGACGGUCUUAAAUUUAUUCCAUUUUCACAAAUUCUCCGAUUUAAAAUGCUUCUUUAGAAAUCUCAAGCGUUUUCAAACAUUGCCCUUGGUUUGAGGUAGACUCAAUCGUCAACCUUGGGUAUUUUGUGAAUUCUAAUUGUUUUCAACACCUCACCGGCGUGACUCACUGAGUCAGUUUUCAGGGCAUCCAGAAAAAUUACGAUCGAAACCUCCCUGAAACAUUUGAUGUUUCUUCGCAAACGCCAAGCAAUUCUAAAACAGGUUUGGUCUUGUAGUGGACGAAUUCCCCGAGCUUGAGCAUAAUUAUUCGAAUCUCGAAUCGCGGGGGCGGUUUUCAGAAUACUGUAGCCCGGAACGGCCCUGUAGUCUAAAAUGUAAACUACGUAGGUCUCUCUGUUUUUCACGAAAAUCUGAACUUAUCGAAUAUCUGGUACGACUACGACUCUUUCUACUUCGGCACAGAAAUCUAAAUUUCUAAACAAUUAUCAAAUUUUCUUUAAAGAAUUUGAUGAGAAUUCCUGGGGGUGCUAGAGAACGUUCGACAGAGAGUAUCUACGCAGGAUAUAUAUUAUAUGGUCCAGCCCCCUGUCUGAUUGUAACCAUGUGCAGGCAACUGAUCAGUAUUAUGCACUCCCGGUGCUGCGGUACUUAAUGUAGACACAGCAUUGGACUCUGUGAGAGUUAAGAGAUGUGAACAGAGCAGCUCGGAAGAUCAUAGUCGAGAACGGUGGCAAUCACCCAGCUAGCCUAACUUCUUUUUUAUAUGUACCGAGGGAGAAAGGGGGUAGAGGCCUGCGAUGAGUCGAACACGAGUACAAGCUCACUAAAAUCAAAUCGCUACUAAAAGUGUAUCAGAAUUCGGACCAGACUGUGGAAGCAGUUAGAAAAUUUUUAAGAACACGCCAUGGCAUCAAGCCACUAGUCGCUUGUAAAGGAAGCAGCUAAGUACACUGAAGAACUCAACAUCACACUUCAGCUACUAGUUAUCCUAAAUCUCGUGUGUGUUACAACGAAAGGAAAGGUGGUGACUGCAGCGAGAGCUGGGAUUCUGUUGAAGAAAUCCCAAGAGAUGCAGUUCUUGGAGAUCGCUAAAUACAAAAAGUGGCAAGGAAAGUUAUGCGGUAUCAGAUGGGAAGAUGAGAGCCUACACAAAAGGAGAAGACGCAAACCUACACUGACGACCAAGUCCUAUGCAGGUUAUGUGGGAAGGUAGCUAAGAUCGUUUCACAUGUACUGGCUGAAUGUUCCUCCCUGGCACGAACCAAGUACCUAUACAGGCAUACUGCAUCUUUAAAGAUUGUGUUUUUGAGCUCCUGCGAGAGCAUGGGUUGAAAGAAGAGGUUCCUCCAUGGUAACCACCGGUGAUGCUAAAACCAGCCUACCAGAACACCACGAGUGAGGCGUUUUGGGAUAUUCCCAUCUUUUCAGAUUACAACGAAGUUAGAGCAAAUCGCAUCGACGCGCAACUUGUCAGCCACGAGAGGAAAGAAGUCUGCACAAUUGAAAUGAGCUGCCCAUGGAUUGAGAGUAGAGCCAAGAUAGAUGAGGAAAAGACACUCAAGUAUGGGCCCAUGAUGUGGGAGCUGAAGCAGAGAUAGAAUGGCUUACAGGGUUGAACAGUAACAACGUAAUAAUACAACGUACUGGGUGGCCCCUCUAAACACCUAGAGAAGUCGGUGAGGAAGCUACUAGGAGCAAGAGCACGGGGCGUACUUGAGCGGAUGCAGAAGCCGGUCAUCUCAAACACUUUGAACAUUGCCAGAACAUUUAAGUUAAAUUCUUAGUUUGGGCGCUAAGGACACCAGAAUUUUUUUUUUUCCCAGAAAUCCAGAAACACAUGUGUGGCAAAACCUGUAUUUUACUGAUGCUUUUACGUGCAUUUUAUAGAGUAUAAACGUUUUAUAUUAUUCUAUAAAUAACCUUUUAGUAGAGGUAACCACAUUAUGAUGGCCUCGUGUAGGUUUAUAAGAGAAAAUGGGAGUAUGAAAACUGAAUAAUUUUCUAAAUAGGCUUGUUGUAAAGAUAAUUAUAUCCUCAUGUCUUUGCGUAGGUUUUACAGAGUAUAAGAAUUUAAUAAUAUUCUAAAUUGGCUUUUCAAGCAGAGAGAUUUAUAUCAUUAUGUGUAUGAGGAUUGUAUUAGGUUUCAAACCGAACUUUUCCUACUUCUAAGUAUAGCUUCUCAAGUGGUGUAGGUUACGUUAUGCGCCCUAUACUACUCAUAUUGUGACCAGCAUUCCAAAGUUUUAUACUGCGAGAUAAUAAUAGCAUCAAGAGUGUAUCGGAGUGAAUAAGUUCCCUUGUCUCUUUCGGUUUCUACUAUAUAUUGUUUAAGAAACACAUCGACUUUACGGCAUCUACGAGCCAGGAGUAUAAACAAAGAACGCCUUCUAACUUUCAUCCCUCUAUUUACUUUAUAGGGCCUUAUCGAUAAAGUGUACAUGAAAUGGGAAAAGUGGUGCCAAAAGGAUAAAUCAUGCCUGUUUUCUCCAGCACGCCAAUUGUUAAAGGGUCUCGAUGACUACGUCAAAGCAUGCUUACGUUUAUCGUGGCGUAUAGUUACUCAGGUCCCACCAAUGAGACUCGAGUAUCAGACCGCUAAAUUCAAUACAAUUAUCCACACAAAAAGGGGAUACUAUGAUGAUUUCAAUGGGCAAGUAAAGACAGUUUCACCAGCUCAAGAGACUCAGGAGGAAAAUAUUGCGUUAUAUCUAUGGCCUGCCCUUCGAGAUGGUGGAGGAAGAGUAAUAAAAGCAGGAGAGGUUGUAUGCGUCAUUCAAGAAGAAGACAAAUAGAAGUAAGUUUAGAAACAUAAAAGUUUGGGGCCCGAUCUCAUUUUUCGACGGUUUUAUCCACUCAGUAAAACACGGCAAAGAAAAAACUUCUUAAGGGUCAAUUAUCGUAUCUCGUUGCUAGGUAAACCGGUUCACUAUGCAAAAAUUAUUUCCCGUGUUUUUGGACUGCCGGCCUGUCCAAGACUAGCCUGUGAACAGGCUCUCUGUUUGGGGAAAAAAUAGCAAGGAAAGGGAAGGGAAGGGGGGAGAGAGCCUGUAGACACACAUUUGAGGCCGCUAUUCCGCCCUCUUGUAAUUAUCUUGCCGAACAUCUGUCAAUCAAUUUCGCGCGUGAGUAACUCCUGGGAAAAUUAACGGGAAAACUUCCGUGUUUUGCUCCGUCUCAAAACAAAGUGAAAUGGACCGCGAGCCUAAUUGUCGAUUUUGCAAAAAAUCGUUGAUCUCCGGUAAGAGAAUUAAUACGGUGCCGGUCGUUGGCGUUUCAAGAAAUAAGACCUUGCUGGUUGACAGUGGCCAAGACAGCGUUGUACUAGCGCAAGCAUUUGAUUCCUCAAGAUUUCCUCUUGUGCAAGGAGAAAGCUUUUCCUAUUUAAGCUGCUUAACUUGUGCUCCACGCGCCGUUCGUCUUGCUAGUUCAGUUUCUAAUUCAACAAGCCCCUGCAAUGAGGGAACUUGGAAUGCGAAAGGUACAGAUACUAUCAUGACUUCUCCAGAACGUGAACCCCCAAAGACAAGUACAAAGAAAUCAACAGCGCUUUGAUCGCCGACAGGAAUUACACCUUUGGGCAUUUAUCCCGCAUUUAUAGCAAUAAAAGAGGGCGGUAGGCCUACACGGCGUUUACCUCACGCCAAAAUGCUGCCUGUUCCGAUAAGUUUUUUCCUCUGCUCGGUAGAUUAUGCUCUGGAAGGUUCUACACUUUCACUGAGCGAAUAUGAUUUUAGCCGCUUGUUUCACACUCAGAGGUCAUGGCAUACAUAUCGAUUUACUGUGGUUUUUGUCUCUGGUCGGCAGGAUUUGCCCUCUGAUAUAAGAGCAUUUUCUUUGACCUCUUUUGAAGCGUAAAGCUUUUUAUUGCGGCUGAAUAAGGGUCGUACUUUUCUCCAAAGUGCCUUCUGGAUCUGAAUAACUAAGCGAUUUUCUUUAGUCCGUAAAUGUAAUGUUUUUCUGAAAUUUUGUAUCACGCUGGGCCCAGGUCGUUAGUUUUCUUUGCAGAAUGUUUAAAAAUGAUCACGGAUAGUUCCCCACUCGACCAAAGGCCUGUUCACAGGCUAGUCCAAGACUGCCUAGAAGAUUGUUUUAAAUCACGCUCCAGGCUGCCUUAUGUUGAUAAUGGUAAAUUACAGCUCCCGGCAUCAACUUCGGCAUCAGGUUUUUCGUGCCUCGGUAAUGUUGCUACGUAUCUACAUUUACGUAAAAAGCCACCCGAAAUUUCACCGGUCAAAGAUGGCUUGUACUCUUUUUUUUGUUUUGUUUUGUUUUUUGACGCCUUUGACUUUGAAAGGAAAGGGAAAAAAGCAAGCCAAAGCUAUUGUGAGUAGCAAUUCUGUUAAGUUUGAUGAUACAAUGAGUACUUGACUAAAAUGCCCUUUUUUUCCAGAAGUAAUCGUCCUCAGAGAAGGCAAUAACAACCAAAGUAUCAAGUUGGAAGAAUAGUAAAGAGGAAAAAGUAAUAAAAAUAAAACCAGACACCCAGCUCAAUCAUGUGAACAAAAUGGCACUGAAAGUCGUCUAGAUGAUCUUCAUCGAUGGAAAACGGGAAAAGAGAAACACACUGCUUAUAGGCCAACAACGUUGUUAUGCGACGUCUUUCUACUUACGUCUUCAUUGGAAUCCAGUGGUGUCUUAGUUAAUUUUACGUUAUUUUUGUUCAGAACAUGGUUUGUAUUUUUCAUGUUUUUCUUUGAGAAAGAAACAGACAGAUAUCUCUCAUGGUUUGGGCUAAAACCAAAUGCAACUUCAACUUUCAUCUCUUUUGGUUAAUGUAUAUAUGUUAGCGGGCAAAAAAUUUAUGUCGCAAAGAAACCAUCCUCUAGUGGCAAAAUAAAGUUUACCUAACCCUGUCCCACGUCAGCUAAAAGUUGAAUAGCUGUAAAACCGAUGAAGCUAUCUGAAAACUUUUUUUUUUAAAUCGUCGUGACGUGAACGUCAACAACGACGUUACCGUGAUACCCGAGUUUUGACAGCC